AUGGGGGAAACACCCAAGCAAAAACACUUGCUCCUACAAGAAGGGGAAGAAAAACGCAUGAAGAAUUUCAUCAAAAUUAGCCUUCUAUUAACGUUUAUCUUGGGGUAUCAUAGUGCUGAGGCACAGCAGAACCUCGCACAAGAGGCGUAUCUUAUCUUUCAACAAAAUUGCUUUGACUGCCAUGGACCCGCUGGCGUUUCCCGAGAAGCACUCAUCAUUGAGCACACCGCACUCAUUGAUACCGGGGCAGUCGUUCCGGGGAAACCGAUUGAAUCUAAACUCUAUAGGCGACUAUUUGAAGAAGAUGACGCAAAACGGAUGCCGUUGGGUCAACCCCGGCUCUCCGGUGCAGCGAUUCAGACCAUCGGUGAUUGGAUUCAAGCAGGCGCGCCGAGUUGGGAAGUCGAACAUGAUGUUAAUUUCAUUACAAUAGACGCAAUGCUCACGAGUAUUCAACGACACGUCAAAUCAUUAGAUCCCUUUGACCGGCACACCGCCCGUUAUUUUACAAUGACACAUCUCUAUAAUGCUGGGGACAGUCCUGAAACCCUGAAUACUUACCGGAUGGCACUCUCGAAACUGGUGAAUAGUCUCUCUUGGAGUUUCGACAUUACCAAGCCUAUGCCCAUUGACGCUGCAGAAACAAUCUUCUAUGUUGACUUGCGGGAUUAUGAAUGGGAUCAGAUCGAUGCUUGGACGCAGAUUGAGGAGAUAUAUCCAUAUCUCAUUGAGUUCGAUGCCGAGCCGCAAGCGGGGUUGCGUGAAAAACUGACGAAUCUCCGUGAUGAGAUGAAUUGCGAAGUGCCGUUCGUGCCUGUUGACUGGUUUCUUGCGAAGGCUUCACUGCCACCCCUGUAUCAUGAUAUUCUGGAUCUGCCAGAAACCGAUAGAGAACUGGAGAGAGAACUGGGUAUAGAUGUCGAAAGAAAUAUCCUCCUUUCGCCGGGGCGGAGUGUCUGGCGUGCGGGUUUCAACAAUUCGGGACCGUCACAGAACAACCGUGUUGUCGAGCGGCAUGCGUUUCGUCAAGGCGCGUAUUGGAAGAGCUACGAUUUCGCUGGGAGUGCGGGUGUGAAAAAUGUCUUUACGCAUCCGACAUCCUUCAAACAUGAUGGCGGUGAGAUUAUCUUCAAUCUCCCAAAUGGGUUACAAGCCUAUUAUAUCUCAGAUAAGUUGGGAAAUCGUAUAAAUGCGGCACCCUUGACUAUCGUAUCCCAACCCUCAGGCGACAAGAUCGUUCGAAAUGGUCUGUCCUGUAUCGGUUGCCACACAGAAGGGAUGAAGACGUUUACGGAUGUGGUGCGUGCUGUGAUUCUUCGGACUCGCAACCCGAGCUACAACAAGGAUCAUGCGUUGCGUCUGUAUGUAGAACAAGAAGUGAUGGAUGAGAAAGUGAGAGAGGAUACGCGACGUUAUAAGGCGGCUCUUGAAAAGACGGACAAUGUGUUUGGUGGGAUUAUUGAGCCGGUGUCUUAUUCCUACGAGUCGUUUCAAGCGCCGUUGGAUGCGGCACAUGCUGCUACGUCAGUCGGUUUAGAAACCGAAGCGUUUCUUGACGAGAUUCGUAAGAAGUCGAGUUUACAAAACUUAGGGUUAACGGGGUUGCUAAGUGAGAGUAAUGUGAAAAGAGAUGUUUGGGAGACUAACUUUGCUGAUGUGGUUUCUGCGCUAAACUCUCCAGAUGACAUCGGACCGCGACCGGUUGUGCCGGUGGAUGACCUGAGACCCAGCGAUUUGGUUCCCAUUCCUGACGUAAACCUCCGCGCUGCCGUUGAAUCGGCACUCGGUAAACCUGCUGGCGCAUUGAUUACAGCGGCAGACAUGGCAAGGUUGACGCGUCUUGAGGCAGAUGAGGCUGGCAUUCGUAAUUUAACAGGACUUGAGGCAGCGACGAGACUGGAGCGGAUAGAAUUUCGUCAUAAUGCAAUAUCUGACUUAUCUCCACUUGCGGGAUUAACACAACUGAAUAACAUCAAGCUGCGCGGGAACAGAAUCACUGACGUGUCACCGCUUGCAGGUCUAAUCAACGUAGACUGGCUUGGGCUUGAGGAAAACCAGAUAACCGAUUUGUCUCCAUUGAAAAGUUUAACAAAAUUAAACGGGAUAGGGAUUUCGGGUAAUCCAGUAUCGAACGUGUUGCCCCUUGCGAGUCUGACCAGUUUAGAAGGCAUAGCCGCUGGGAACACGCCUAUCUCAGAUUUUUCGUCCUUAGCAAAACUACCCAGACUGCGAUGGAUAGAGUUUGGUGGCGAUCGAUCUAUAUCAAAGAUUCCCUCUCUAAAGGGAUUAAAAACACUGAGACGACUGGACAUUAGUCACUGCAAUAUUAAAGAUCUUUCCGCUUUGGCAGAAUUAACGCAGUUGCAGGAACUAACAUUCGUAAAUAACUCGAUAUCGGACGUGUCACCAUUGAGAAACCUAAAAAAUUUGGAACACCUGAACCUCGAUGCUAACGUCAUAUCGGACGUAUCGCCGCUUGCAGGGUUAACAAGGUUGAAAGUAUUGUACCUUGAAAACAACGUCAUAUCGGAUGUAUCGCCCCUUGCGGGACUAAAGAAUUUGGAACGCCUUGACCUCCGCAACAACGCGAUAUCCGACUUUUCACCUUUAGACGGAUUACCCGAAGAGACUAUUAUCCGAAUGGAAGGCAAUUCGGGUUCUUUCGUAAGAGGUGCAAGGAAAAUAGUGGGACCAUGGCUAUGGAUGAUUGCACCUACAGGUGGCAGGUCCGGUGCAGAGGCCGUCAAUUCCAGGAUAGAUUUCCUUUCGCAAACGAGUGGAGGUGCUGUAACAGAAUCGAAGAUUGCAACUCAGGGAGCGACAGCAGGAAACCCCGUUGGGAAUAGAGUCUGGACAGUCGGGACACUUUCUCCUGAAGGUGGCGAUAACAUCAAUGACAUGGCGAAUGCUACUGGAUUGGGGUCAGGCGAUGUAAAUCAUCAUGUUGCCUACGGUUCGGUUAGCUUGAAUUCGCCCCGGGAGCAAAAAACAAAAAUGCUUGUCGGGAGCGACGAUGCCGUCAAGGUUUGGCUCAAUGGCAAUUUGGUGCACAACAAUCCUGUGGACCGAGGUGCCAACGAUUUCCAGGAUCAGUUUUCCGUUACUUUGAAAAAAGGAACAAAUAUCUUGCUGAUUGCUGUUUACGAAGCAUUGGGAGGUUGGAGCGGCUUUUUUGGGUUUGAAACUGGCACAGAAUAUACAGUAUUAUCCCCCAGCGAGCGAUUCUCCCUGUCUAUAGGAACAACGCAGAUUGCGGUCGGUGAUACCUUCACCCUCCGUCUCAGCACAGAAAAUUCUUCUGAUUUAGCAGGGUGGCAAGCCGAUAUUAUCUUUGACCCAAAUGUGCUAAAAGCAAACAGCGUAAGCGAAGGCACCUUUCUGAAGCAGAAAGGAGGGCGUACCCACUUCGGGAAAGGCACGAUUAAUAACCAAAAAGGUAAGAUCGCUGGUAUAAGUUCGGCGCGAAUCUCACAAGGCGGAGUAGACGGUGAAGGUACGUUGCUGUCGGUCACAUUCACGGCAAAGGUUACUGGAGAAACACGAGUGGCACUGCGUCAGUUCCAUGCAGGUUCCAGUGCUGGUAAGACUAUUCCGUCUCGUUCCCCUGAUACCAUCAUUACUGUGGGAACUCCGUCCGUUUCCGAUGUGAGUGGUGACAUGUUUUCCCUUUCUACAGAUGCAUCGCCUAUCGGAUCUGGUGGUGUCUUUACCCUUCGUUUCAGUGCAGAAAAGGUUGCCGAUUUAGCAGGCUGGCAAACUGAUAUUACCUUUGAUCCUGCUGUGCUUGAAGCGGUUGAGGUGAACGAGGGUGAUUUUCUGAAAGCACAGGGCGAAGGCACCUUCUUUUUGAGAGGCACCAUUGAUAACACAGCGGGUAAAAUCACCCAAAUAAGCUCCGCUCGACUCAGCGGUGGUGUCAGCGGCACAGGUACCCUGCUAUCGGUCACAUUCACAGCGAAGACUGUUGGAGAAACCCGAUUGGUAUUUAGCAACUUCCAAGCUGGAAACAGGAAGAGUGAGAUAAUCGCUUCAAACACUCCGCAAAUUACCAUUACGAUUGAAGACGGCGCAUUUCCGGCUUGGGAUGUGAAUCAGGAUGGUCAGGUAAGCAUUUUAGAUUUAAUUCAGGUUGCACAACACUUAGGCUCUACUGUGUCUGCUAACCACGAAGCUGACGUAAAUGGUGAUGGCACCGUCAGUAUAUUGGACCUCAUCGCUGUAGCACAACACUUAGGUGAAUCAAAUGCAUCAGCAGCACCUUCUGGUGUUAAUAUAGAUAGUUUGGAAUUAGACCCGACAACGAUUCAGGCAUGGAUAGCACAGGCGCAGAUUGAAGAUGACGGCUCCAUCGCCUUCCGACAAGGGAUAAUAAACCUUGAGCAGCUUUUGGCUCUGUUCAUUCCAGAAGAAGCGGCUUUGCUUCACAACUAUCCGAAUCCGUUCAAUCCAGAGACAUGGAUACCGUAUCAACUCGCGGAACCUGCGGAUGUCACGAUACAUAUCUAUGCGGCGAGUGGUGUGUUGGUCCGGACGGUAGCACGCCUCGGACAUCAGGCUGCGGGAUCUAUAUCAGUACGAGUCCGUGCGGCGUGUGGGACGGUAAACGAAGUGGCGAGUCGGUCGCAGUGGCAUCUAUUUUACAACAUCCCGCUGGCGACUUCACGGCUACCGGUUAAAUGCUCGUGA